AAGACAUGAGUAAUCCUCAGCCUUUGAAGGAGGAAGCAUACGACAUGUCAGGUGCUCGACUAGCCCUGACACUGUGUGUCACCAAAGCCCGGGAAGGCUCAGAGGCAGACCUGGAUGCCCUGGAACUCAUGUUCCAGAAGCUGGGAUUUGAGAGCACCAUAAAGAGAGACCCCACCGCCCAGCAAUUCAAGGAAGAGUUGGAAAAAUUCCAGGAAGCCAUAGAUGCCCGGGAAGACUUUGUCAGCUGUGCUUUUGUGGUGCUCAUGGCACAUGGGUUAGAAGGUCGCCUCAAAGGGGAGGAUGAGGAGAUGGUCAAUCUGGAAGACCUCUUCCAGGUUCUGAACAACAAGAAUUGUCGAGCCCUGAGAGCCAAGCCUAAGGUGUACAUCGUGCAGGCCUGUCGAGGAGAACAAAGGGACCCUGGCGAAACAGUAGGUGCAGACAAUUCUGUGAUGGUCGUGAAAUACAGUCCCGAAACCAUCCCAACGUACACAGACACCCUCCAUGUCUACUCCACUGUGGAGGGGUACAUUGCCUACAGAGAUGACAAGAAGGGCUCCUACUUCAUCCAGACCCUGGUUGAUGUGUUCACGAAUAGGAGAGGACCCAUCCUGGAGCUUCUGACAGAAGUGACCCGGCGCAUGGCAAAAGAGGAGCUGGUUCAAGAAGGGGAAGCAAGGAAAGUGAACCCCGAAAUCCAAAGCACUCUUCGGAAACGGCUGUAUCUGCAGUAGAAGUAGAAAGGGCACAGAGGGGCUGUUUCAGGUGCUCUCUCUGCCCCACAGAUACUCAGAGGCAGCUCUCACUACUUCUCCCAAAGCUAAAUGGCACCCACCUCUCUUUCAUCACACCUUUCAUGCAGGUUCUCCUUCAAUCUAUCCCUGUCCUUCCUAGGGUGAGCCAACUAAAACCAAGCACAAGGUAUGGCAGUAACAUUAACAUCACCUCCCUCAGGCUGGACUCUCUCUCUAUAAAUGCAACCUAAGAGGGCAUUCAUUUAUCCCACUCUCUGGUUUCAUGCUCAGCUGAAACCCUCUUCUUUCUGCCAUGAAUCAUACCUAUACAAAUGUAACUGGAUAAAGCUCAAGAUUUUCCACCGUUAAACCAGUACCCACUCAGCACCUCCCACUCCAAUCAAACCUUCACUGGCUCUGGAAUUUCACUAAGAGUUAUAACCUCCUCCUGAGAACCACAUCCAUUCCCAUCUCCCAGAGAUUCUCUCCCAACCUCUGGAAAUUCAGCAAGGCAAGAAUUGUUCUCUCUCCAAGACCCCUCUUUCUUGGCUAGCAAGCCGGUGCCUUGACACCAUUCUCCUCAUGGACUCUCUCUGGCUAAUGGAGCUGCUUCUUCCUUUUCUGGAUCUCUCCCUCCUAACUAAUGCCACCUCCACCCACUGCAAGGCUCUGGGCUCUGCCAUCUUUCCAGGACAAUCCAUCCAUUCACCCAUCCUUACAGUUUCAACUUUCAACCACUCUGAAUCAGAGCAUGUUGGAGUUAUGGCAAAUCCCCUAGUGUCACCCUGGUUAUUUUUCCGACAACGUGACCGAGGUCCAGAGAGGUUAAAUGGCUUGUCAAACACCACACAGUAAGUGAGUGGCAGGGCCAAGAUCUGGCUUCCAGCCCAGCCCCCUUUCCACUGCCUACUAAGUCUUGGUCCAUCAGAAAACUUUUCUAACUAGAGGAGCUGCCUAGUAAAAGUUCUUCUGACCUUGGAGGUAGGGGCUCCCGGAAGAUGUCUAAAAAUCCUCAACAAACCAGCAGUCAAGGCCAGGUUACUUCGAUGGAAUUCUGGUAUUGGGCUAUUAGCUGGAUUAGAGGCACUGUCUUCCAAGUCUAUAAUGCAUGUCUACCUAUCUCCAGCCCUGACUUUUCCCAGUGAAACAAACUGUGGUCAUGGCCACCAUCAUUGAAAACUCAUGGCUUAAAGAUGAGUCUUUAGUUCCUAGUCCAUCCUCCAAGUGUUCCCUGGACCUCAAACCUCUGUGGUUAGCUAGGACUCCCCUCUUCCUGCAUCCUUCAUAUGCCACUAGCCUGACUGGCUUUGAAACGGUUCUCUUUCCUGUCUUCCCUUACAAGUCAUCCUCUUGUCCCCUCCUUGCUUGCCUGCAUCUUUGCACCAAUUUCCUUCCUUGCCUCUGUGCCCACCCAUCUCACCCCUCCUCUGCCCUCCACACCAUCUACAAUUCUUGAUCACCCUAGAACACUCAAGAAGACACAGUGGUGCCUCACUAUUUAGAGAUCAAGACCAAACUCCACAUCCUGAUUUCUCAUAACUUUACAAUUCUACCCUCUACCAGCAGUCAGUCUCAUUUCCCACCUUCCCCACUCUGAAUUCACUCUUCCAACAAGACUAUUGUCUUCUUACUCAUCUCUGCCUCUAAGCCCCAAGCUUGAGUGUACUCUCUCCCUUUACCCUCUUCCCACUACCUCCAACCCCUACUUAUUCCAGAAAACCAUUCCUAAUAUUCUUUCUGGUUGAUUCUGCUCUCUCGCCUAAGAUGAGACACUGAAAUUAUAAUUUAUCCAGGGCAGGGAACAAGUCUUUGAUCAACCUAAUG